AUGGAGGAGGAAGAGCCGGAGCUAGCUGCCGGGCUGGAGGCUGCCCUAGAGCUGGCCCCCGCCGUGCAGGCCGCCAUCGAGCAGGUCUUCCCCAGCCAAGAUCCACUGGACAGAGCAGAUUUCAAUGCUGUGGAGUAUAUCAAUACUCUUUUUCCCACUGAGCAAUCUUUGGCAAACAUUGAUGAAGUUGUGAACAAAAUCAGACUGAAAAUAAGGAGGCUGGAUGACAACAUUCGGACUGUGGUGAGAGGACAGACCAACGUGGGACAGGAUGGCAGGCAGGCCCUGGAAGAAGCCCAAAAAGCCAUUCAACAGCUCUUUGGUAAAAUUAAGGAUAUUAAAGACAAGGCUGAAAAAUCAGAGCAAAUGGUUAAAGAGAUCACUCGGGAUAUCAAGCAGCUGGAUCAUGCCAAGCGUCAUCUGACCACCUCCAUCACCACCCUCAAUCACCUGCACAUGCUGGCAGGGGGUGUGGAUUCCCUGGAGGCUAUGACCAGGAGGAGACAAUAUGGGGAAGUUGCCAACCUUCUCCAAGGUGUGGUGAAUGUGUUAGAGCACUUCAACAAAUACAUGGGGAUUCCUCAGAUCCGGCAGCUUUCUGAAAGGGUGAAAGCAGCACAGAAUGAGUUGGGACAACAGAUCCUGGCUGACUUUGAGGAAGCCUUUCCUUCUCAAGGUACAAAGAGGCCUGGUGGCCCCAGCAAUGUCCUUCGUGAUGCAUGUCUGGUUGCCAAUGUCCUGGAUCCCAGGAUCAAACAGGAAAUCAUCAAGAAAUUUAUUAAGCAGCACCUCUCGGAGUACCUGGUCCUUUUCCAGGAGAACCAAGAUGUGGCCUGGCUGGAUAAGAUCGACAGGCGCUACGCCUGGAUCAAGCGGCAGCUGGUGGACUACGAGGAGAAGUACGGCCGCAUGUUCCCCCCGGAGUGGUGCAUGACGGAGCGCAUCGCCGUGGAGUUCUGCCACGUCACCAGGACAGAGCUCGCUAAGAUCAUGCGCACAAGAGCAAAGGAGAUUGAGGUGAAGUUGCUUUUGUUUGCAAUCCAGAGGACAACCAACUUUGAAGGACUUCUGGCUAAACGCUUCUCAGGUUGCACUCUAUCUGAUGGGACAGUGAAAAAGCCAGAAGUGCCAAUUCCCUCCACCAACCCAUUUCUGGAGGAUGAAACUGGGACAGAAACAGAUGAGAUUGUGAUUGAGAAAAGCGAUACAGAGAAACCAAAGAAGCCAAAGGUCCCUGACAAUCCUUUCCAUGGCAUUGUUUCCAAGUGCUUUGAGCCUCAUCUUUAUGUGUACAUCGAGUCCCAGGACAAGAAUCUCAGUGAACUGAUUGACAGGUUUGUGGCUGAUUUCAAGGCUCAAGGUCCCCCCAAGCCCAAUGUGGACGAGGGAGGAGCCGUCCUGCCCAGCUGUGCUGACCUCUUUGUGUACUACAAGAAGUGCAUGGUGCAGUGCUCCCAGCUCAGCACGGGCGAGCCCAUGAUAGCCCUGACCACCAUAUUCCAGAAGUACCUUCGGGAAUACGCCUGGAAAAUUCUCUCUGGAAACCUGCCCAAGACAACCAGCAGCAGUGGUGGGCUCACCAUCACUAGUUUGCUGAAAGAAAAGGAAGGCUCUGAAGUUGCAAAGUUUACUUCAGAAGAGCUCUGCCUUAUUUGCAGCAUCCUGAGUACUGCAGAGUACUGCUUGGCCACCACCCAGCAGCUGGAAGAGAAACUCAAAGAAAAAGUGGAUGCAAGUCUAGUGGAGAGAAUCAACCUGACAGGAGAGAUGGACACUUUCAGCAUUGUGAUCUCCAACAGCAUACAGCUGCUAGUGCAGGACCUGGAUGCAGCCUGUGACCCUGCCCUGACUGCUAUGAGCAAGAUGCAGUGGCAGAAUGUGGAGCACGUUGGUGACCAGAGUCCUUAUGUCACCUCAGUGAUUCUGCACAUUAAACAGAACGUCCCCAUCAUCCGUGACAACCUGGCCUCCACCAGAAAGUAUUUCACUCAGUUCUGCAUAAAAUUUGCAAACUCCUUCAUUCCCAAGUUCAUUAACCAUCUCUUCAAGUGCAAACCUAUCAGCAUGGUGGGUGCAGAACAGUUGCUGCUGGACACUCACUCUCUGAAGAUGGUUCUCCUGGACCUGCCCUCCAUUGGGUCCCAAGUGGUGAGGAAGGCUCCUGCCAGCUACACAAAGAUAGUGGUGAAAGGCAUGACUCGGGCUGAAAUGAUCCUGAAGGUGGUUAUGGCUCCACAUGAGCCACCAGUUGUGUUUGUUGACAAUUACAUCAAGCUCCUUGCUGACUGCAGCACUGACACUUUCCAGAAGAUACUGGAUAUGAAGGGCCUGAAGAGGAGCGAGCAGAGCAGCAUGCUGGACCUCUUCCGCCAGCGCCUGCCGGCUCCCCCCUCCGGCGUGGAGAACAGCAGCUCCCUCUCGCUGAGCGCUCCCACCCCCGAGCAGGAGUCCUCUCGGAUACGCAAACUGGAGAAGCUCAUCAAGAAAAGGCUCUGA